AUUAUUUCCGUACUGAUGUUGGUGGCAUUGCUUAGUGGAGUGCCUGUCAGCUGUAGUUCUCCCGAGUUUAAAAUCCCCAGAUGUUCCGCAAAUAUUUAUUGAUUAAAGGCGUAUUUUCCAAAAUUUGAAAUGGAAAAUGAAAAUAAAGAUUGUCCUGUGGAAACUAUUGAAUCACUGACGAAGGAAGCGGAAACACUGAAAAGGAAGCUGGAGGAUGAACGACAAAAACUCAAUGAUGUUACACUGGCCACGGUGGCGGAACGACUGGACAUUAUUAAUUAUAUGAAUAUUAAACCUCGUAGGACCCUAAAGGGCCACCAGGCUAAAGUUCUGUGUUCAGACUGGUCCCCAGACAAAAGACAUAUAGUUUCAUCAUCUCAGGAUGGUAAGAUGAUUAUUUGGGACGCUUUUACAACUAACAAGGAGCACGCCGUCACGAUGCCGACGACUUGGGUGAUGGCAUGCGCCUACGCACCGUCCGGAACGUUGGUGGCUUGCGGGGGCCUUGACAAUAAAGUAACAGUUUACCCUUUAAGUUUGGAGGAGGAUGUUACUCUUAAGAAAAAGACUGUGGGUACACACACGAGUUACAUGAGCUGUUGUCUCUUCCCAAAUUCCGAUCAACAGAUACUAACAGGCAGUGGAGAUUCUACAUGCGCCCUUUGGGACGUAGAAUCCGGGCAACUAUUGCAAAGUUUUCAUGGUCAUUCUGCGGAUGUUAUGUCUAUUGACUUGGCUCCCUCUGAAACUGGGAAUACAUUUGUCUCAGGUAGCUGCGACAAAAUGGUUUUAAUUUGGGACAUGAGGUCUGGCCAAUGUGUGCAAUCUUUCGAAGGACACGAAUCCGAUGUCAACAGCGUUAAAUUUCAUCCUAGUGGCGACGCAGUGGCAACCGGAAGCGACGAUGCUACAUGUCGCCUUUUCGAUCUUAGGGCGGAUAAGGAAGUGGCGGUGUAUAGUAAAGACAGUAUUAUUUUCGGCGUGAAUUCUGUUGAUUUCUCAGUGUCAGGUCGACUGUUGUUUGCCGGCUACAACGAUUACACAGUGAACGUGUGGGACACGCUCAAGUGUGUAAGGGUUUGUUUACUCUAUGGACACGAGAAUAGAGUUUCAUGCCUUCAAGUUUCACCAGAUGGUACAGCUUUAUCGACUGGUUCCUGGGACUACACCCUUAGGGUGUGGGCUUAAUUUCCUCAACACUGCCCAAGUUCUUUUAUGUUGUAAUAGGAAAUUUAUUUGUGGAUUGGGAAUAUUUCCGGCGUUGGUGAAGUACAAUUUUUCCAAAAUAACACAGAUUAAAAGUUUGAAGAAAUAAUGGAUAUUGUACUUUUCAAUGCUAGGUGAUAACAAAAUGGAAUAUAUCAAAUGAUCUUGUAACUGAUUAUCCUUUAUCAUUUGAAAUAGUUAUAAUAUAGAAAUCAAAAGAAACCCGUAACAGUUUCAAAACAAUAAUCAUUUGAAAAGUGCUAUAGAACUAGGUUAUAAAAAAUUUCUAGUCCAACAUUAAUGUCUAGUACUAUUAUUCAAAGGAUAAUUUUGAAAAAUAGAUUGGAAUUUGUACAUUUAAUGUUAGAUGGAGAUAACUAAUUGAUUGUUAUGUAUUAUAUGUUUAAGACAAAAACAUUUAUAACUUUAUUUGAUAUAGAAAUUGGACUAGAUGACCUGUUAAUUGAACAAUUUUGAUCCAAUGUUGGUUGAAAAAUUGUUUUAGAUAAGUAGACAAUGAUAAGAAUUCCUGUUACCUAAAAUAGGUAUAGUACCAUAGAUAUUCUUUAAAUUGUUAUUUAAAUAAAUAAUUUAUUUUGUUGAUAUUUGAUUGCUAACGGAUUACGUGAUCUAAUUUUAUUUGAGAACGCAAUGUUAAUUAUGUAUUAGUUCAUUGUAAAGAAUUUAAUUGUGAUUAAAUUUUUAAAACAG